AUUUGAAACUCCAGUUCCAUGCAUGGCCCCCAAUCUGGAGAUCAUAGCAAGGGCUUCCCCUCACGUCAGAUGCGCUACUUCAUUGGAAUGUUCAACGGGUUGAGCGUUUGUGGGCCUUCAGAUGCUAAAAGGCCUGUGGCGCAUUAGCCAGCCGAUUGACGAGGACGGAGGCAAAUGGAUGCAUCUGAUGUGCUUUGAAAUCCAGGGGGGUGAUUUACAUUGUGGGUGAUUACGCCUUAGCUUCAAGAACGAACAGCAAGGAGCUCUCUUAGAACUCCAGUCAUGGCAGACGGACCUGAACACACUAAAGUUUUGGAAUCUAAGAAGUCGGAGACUUACGAGAGGAGCAAGUCAGGGUCCUUCUCCUUGAAACCGGGGCACAGAAGGAAGCCGUCAUGGCCGCUGAACGACUUCAUCAACAAGCCUACCUUGCAGUUGCUAGCAACAAAGGGCGUGGCGCCCCCCAGCCUGGCGUGGCGGCGGAAGUUGAACCUGCCCGUCAGUCUGCUCAAGGAGUUCACGGUGACAGUCUCGGAGGCGUUCAAGAUGGCGCGACUGGGCCUGCGCUUGUACCGUCAUGUCCUGGAAGAGCGCAGCCAGGGACGAGUGCCAAUCAUUGACCCGUUCAAUAAGUCCGUCACGCGGCCACAGGCGUGCCACGGUGUCCCACUUGGGGGCAUUGGGGGGGGAAGCAUUGGCAGGGGCUGGCGGGGGGACUUCCGGCGAUGGCAGCUUCAGCCGGGGAUCUGUGACGAGGCGCCUGUGCUAGCUGAUCAGUUUUCCGUUUUCAUCAAGCGAGGAGCAGACGGGCACAAGAGGUUCUCCAGCGUGCUCUACCCCGGGCGCCCUGAGGAGCUGAUUCCCCCGAAGCCGAAGGACAAGAAGAAGGCGCCUGAGCCCCCGACGGGGAUAGCCACAUGGGGUUGGAAUCUGAAAGGGGACAAGUCGACGUACCACGCGCUCUUUCCUCGCGCAUGGACGGUUUACGAUGGCGAACCCGAUCCAGAGUUGAAGAUCUCGUGCCGCCAGGUGUCCCCUUUCCUUCCCCACAACUACAAGGACAGCAGCUACCCUGUUGCGGUCUUCUCCUACUUGAUUGCAAACACGGGCAAAGACGAUGCUCAAGUGUCCGUCCUCUUCACGUUUGCGAACUCCACAGGGGGUGCUACCCACCUGUCCGGGGGCCACUCCAACUCGAGCUUUGAGGAGAAGGACGGGGUCACCGGCGUACUGCUCAAUCACAAGCUGAAGCACAUGUCAGACAAGUUCACGUGGGCGAUUGCUGCCCAGCAGAGUCAGGAGGUGGCGGUGACGACGUGCGAGACGUUCGACGUGGAGGGUAGCACGCCGUACGAUGCCAAAGCGGUCUGGGACGAGAUUGCGCAUCACGGAAAAUUCAUUUCCAUGGAAGCGCGGGGCACCGCAGUGUCAAAGACCUCCACUAAGUCCAAGCCUGGCAAGAGCAUCGGGGCUGCAGUCUGCGCCACCGUAGUGGUUCCCCCUGGAGAGGAACGCGAGGUCGUCUUCUCUUUGGCGUGGGACGCUCCAGUUGUGCGCUUCUCAGAGGGGAGUGCCUACUGGAAGCGGUACACCCAGUUUUUCGGACGGGCAGGCAACGCAGCUCCGAAGUUGGUGCACCAUGCUAUCCUCAAUCAUCGGAGCUGGGAGGCUGCCAUCGAGGAGUGGCAGAAGCCCAUCAUUGACGACGACACGGUACCGGAGUGGUACCGGAUCACAUUGUUCAACGAGCUGUACUACCUGGUUUCCGGAGGGACGGUUUGGACCGACGGGACUCCGAAGAUCCGGGAAGGAGCGGAAAAUGGGCGGGAGGUCACUCAAGAGCACCAGGCGCUGGCGGCGCCUCGAAAAGAAGUGCCCUUCAAGACCAGGGUGCUGAUGAAGCUCACGGACGUGGUUCUCUCGGACGCCAUCGAUUCGGACCCAACUCCGUCCACCUCCCCCGUCCGCAGCCCCACCACGAGCCCGUCCGCAAAGAAACGGACGCCCAAAGCGAAGCACCGGGGGCACCGGCACAAAGAGGGGCGCACCCCGGUAGAGCCCAUUCGGCGCUCGUUCAGCCUGGACCAGGUUUCGGACGGGGCCGAAGGGGGAUCCCUCGGCGCGGAAGUUGGCAGAACUAGCAGCGGGCGGGGGUUAGCGGGGCUGCUACGGACAAGUAGCUGGCUGGGCAAGGUGGAAGAAAGGGACGGGGUGGCGCCCAGUUUGUCGCCGCUGAAAAAUGGGGCGUCGGGAAAAACGCUGAGUCCUCCCGGGACGGUCUCUAGGUUGGGGGCGGUGAGUUUGGAAGAGUGGGCGGAGCAGGAGGGUGGGGCGGAACGGAAAGCUGGAGAAACGGAACGGAACGGAGGGCGGGGGGCGGAACCGGGCACGUCGCUGGAAGAGAACGACGGCGCCUUGCGGGACGCAGGUUUGGGCAGCCAGCGGAUGUUCAGUGCGCACGGGUCGGUAGCUUCGGUUGGUAGUCAGGACGAAAGCUCGGAAGAGGGAAACGGGCUUGACGAGAGCCACAGAGAUCCGGGGACGACUGGUGCGGAAACUGAUAGGGGAGAGGCGCCUUUGGGCGGCGGGAGUGAGCAGGUUGGGGAGGGCCUGAGGGUUGCUCCGUCGAGUGCGCAUGCUGCGGAAGGGACUGCGCAGCUUCGGCCAAGGGGGAAAGCUCCGGCGGCGUCUUUACCGGUGCGGAUAGAUGCCAGCGGCGCUGCAAUUGGCUUGGGGGAUGAUUUGGGCGAUGGGGAGGGGGCCGUAGGCAUCGAGCCGGUGCUAACAGUACCCGAGACGGAGCCGUUCGUCGACACGCACUACGGCGUCGGGCAGUUCCUGUACCUGGAGGGCGUGGAGUACGUCAUGUGGAACACGUAUGACGUCCACUUCUACGCCAGCUUCGCGCUGCUGAGCCUGUUCCCCAAGCUGGAGCUCAGCCUGCAGCGCGACUUUGCGGAGGCAACCAUGAUGGAGAUCCCAGAGCGCAUCAAGUUCUUGCACGAGGGCGACUACGGCCCGCGCAAGGUGGCUGGCGCGGUGCCGCACGACCUGGGCAUCGACAACCCGUGGGUCGCCGUCAACGCGUACAACAUCCACAACACCUCCACGUGGAAGGACCUCAACCCCAAGUUCGUGCUGCAGGUGUACCGCGACUUUGUGGCGACCGGCGACAUGAAGUUUGCGCGCGACUGCUGGGAGGCGGUGCGCUCCGCGAUGGAGUACAGCAUGCAGUUCGACACCGACGGGGACGGCCUGAUUGAGAACGGGGGCUUCCCGGACCAGACCUACGAUACCUGGUCCGUUAAGGGCAUCAGCGCCUACUGUGGGGGCCUUUGGCUCGCCGCCCUUCGUGCCGCUGCGGGCAUGGCCGACGCUCUCGGCGAGUUUGAAGCCGCUCGCUGCUACCGCGCCAUGUUCCGUAAGGGAAGCGCAAAGUACGAGCAGGUUCUGUGGAACGGGCGCUACUUCAAGUACGAUGCGAGCGACAGCAGCAACAGCGCGUCCAUCCAGGCGGACCAGCUAGCGGGGCAGUGGUACGCUUGGGCAUGCGGGCUGCCCCCCCUGUUCCACGACUACCAGGCGCAGAGCGCGCUCAGGACCAUUUUCGAGUACAACGUCAUGAAGAUCCGGAACGGAAAGAUGGGGGCCGUCAACGGAAUGGAGCUGUCCGGAAAGGUCGACGACACGUGCAUGCAGUCCCGCGAGGUGUGGACAGGUGUCACGUAUGCGCUCUCCGCGACGAUGCUGUACGAAGGCAUGGCAGCGGAGGCGUUCAAAACAGCGGAGGGCGUGUUCCAGGCCGGCUGGUGCGACCACGGCUACUGGUUUCAGACGCCCGAGGCGUGGACCGUCGACGGCCGCUUCCGUUCGCUGACGUACAUGCGGCCGCUGGCCAUCUGGGCGAUGCAGUUUGCCCUCAAGCCCCCACCGCUUACGGCGGCUGCCGCGGUCGCAUCUAGGGAGGUACAGGAAGCACAGGCAGCGCUCAGCCCGAUGCAGACGUUUGGGACUAGCCCCGCAUCGUCUUUUAGUGGGGACUCCGUAAACGGCUCGCCAACGUCCAACGGUGCAAGGCAAAAGCGGCGAAAGGACAAGAAGGCCCUUUCGCCCAAAAGAGCCACGUGUUGCUCGGCGGACAUAGGAGAUGAUGAGGCACAAAACUAGCAUCGCACACGGCACUAUGGAGACCGUACGGUAGUACUUUUCUUAAGUCUCGGGACGGGGGUUAUGUAACAUCUUUGGUAUUGUUCCGUCCGCUCCACGUUUGUCUCUCGGGCCUGCCAAGUGAAUCUGUUCGACGAGGUGCAGGAUCCAAGUUCCUUUAAAUUGGAUGCAUAGCAUGUAAAGAGAGUUUUGAGAAGCAGCGCAAGUCACUUGUGUCGAAUGUGGUCUGUUGGUCGAUGUACGGUAGCGUCAGUUGGUUUCAAUGAAGAAGGAAUCCAAAGUGCUGUGAAUUCGAAGCUUGAAGCUCCUAUCAUAUAGCAAGCGUUGCACAAGUUAGUUGAUCAACCUUGAUCUGUGUAAGAACCCUUGUGUCGCUGGUCUCAGUCGGUCAAAUUGCUGGUCAGUCCAUUGGCGCUGCAUCAGAGGUGGAC